UUUACUUUGAACAAAACAUCAUAUUUUAUAAACUCUUGUUAUGUUUUUAUGCACUAACAUUAUUUUUAUGGUAACUAAAGUGUUCAGAUAAAUGUAGUGACGUAAAAAGAGCAAUAUUGUAAAAGUUUAAAGUGGCAUGAAAAGAAAAUACUCCAGGACUUUGGGGUGUAUCUAGGAUUUUAGGAUGCUUCCCGGACUCCAGUAAAGUACUAGUACCUCAAGUCAGCACUUAGGUACAGUAGUUGCGUAAAUGUACUUAGCUACAGCAGUGGUUGUUGCUGUUGACAGUGGAGACAUUUGUAAAUGAGGGAAGUUAACCAACACACGACCCCGUGACCACGACCCACGCCGUGACUAAUCACGGUUUGUGUCUGUGUUUGGAUGCAGAACCCUACCAUCGUCAUGUUCACCACCAUCGCCGGGCUGACGGGCGUCGCCAUCACGCUGGCCCUCAUCCUCAUCAUCACCUCGUCCAUGGAGGUCAUCCGCAGGUCCUACUUCGAGGUGUUCUGGUACACCCACCACCUCUUCGUCAUCUUCUUCAUCGGACUGGUGUUCCACGGGGCCGGGCGGAUCGUGCGAGGACAGACGCUCGCCAGCCUGAACACAAACAAGCCCGAGUUUUGUGUCAACCGGUCUGAGGAGUGGGGGAAAAACGGGUCCAGCUGUGCCGUCCCAGAGUUUGCUGGAAACCCACCAGGGACGUGGAAGUGGGUGGUGGGACCCAUGAUCCUCUAUGUGUGUGAGAGGCUCGUCCGCCUCUAUCGAUCCCACCAGAAAGUGGUCAUCACAAAGGUGGUGAUGCACCCGUCCAAGACUUUGGAGCUGCAGAUGAAGAGGAAAGGUUUCCAUAUGGAGGUGGGUCAGUACGUCUUCAUCCAGUGUCCCUCUGUGUCCCGGCUGGAGUGGCACCCCUUCACCCUGACCUCCGCCCCCGAGGAGGACCACUUCAGCGCCCACAUCCGCAUCGUGGGGGACUGGACCCAGGCGCUAUACGAGGCCUGCGGAGGAGACAAAGCGGAGCCUCAGGAGGCCUGGAAGCUGCCAAAGCUGGCCAUCGACGGGCCGUUUGGCACCGCCAGCGAGGAUGUGUUUCGUUACGAGGUGGUGAUGCUGGUGGGCGCGGGGAUCGGCGUGACUCCCUUCGCCUCCAUCCUCAAGUCUGUGUGGUACAAACGCAUCCAGAACAACCAGGACGUCUUCACCAAGAAGAUCUACUUCUACUGGCUGUGCCCGGAGACGGAGGCCUUCGAGUGGUUCGCCGACCUGCUGCAGUCUCUGGAGACUCAGAUGGCGGAGAAAGGCGUGACCGACUUCCUCAGCUACAACAUCUACCUGACCCGGUGGAAGGAGAAGGAGGCGGCUCACUUCCGAGUUCACCACGAGGCGGAGAACGAUCCAAUCACAGGGCUCAAACAGAAGACGCUCUACGGGAAACCCAACUGGGACAACGAGUUCACCAAUAUCGCCUCAAAGUACCCGCGGUGAGGCCCUCUGAGACGUUACAUAUACACACACACACCGCACACUAGAAAAACAUGAGCUAUGUGAUAACACUUAUCAAUUUUAUAUAGAGAUUUCUUUUUUAAAAAAAAAAAGAACAAAAAAGA